AUGGCAGAACCCAAACAAGAAUUAGAAUAAAGUUUUUUCCAAAAAGAAGAAAACAUAAAUGAAAGUGACCUCGAAAGAAUCGAAGAAAAUGCCGAAAAAAAUUUCAGGGUUUAUAGAUACAGAUAUUUUAACUUAUUCAUAUAUGUUCUCGGAAUGAUUCAAAUAUCCAUUAUGUAAACUUCUUUUUCCCCAUAAGCAGCUGAAUUAAUCUAAGUAUAUAAAAAAUCUACCCUUAUAUAUAAUUUCACAAGCUUAAUCCAUAUGAUAGUUCAUGUCCCAAUGUCUUUUCCAGCUAACUAUAUAGUUGAAAAGUAUGGAACUAAAGUAGGAAACACAAUAGGCUGUAUAUUUGCAUUAAUAGCCUGUUGGAUUAAAUGCUUUGUUAAUUAUAGUUUUAAUUAUGCAAUUUUAGGUUAAUUUUUUGUAGGUUGUGCAAAUCCAUUUAUUAUUAAUGCAAUUAGCAAAAUUUCAUCAAAUUGGUUCUAUCCAGCCCAAAGAGCAUUUAUAACUGGUAUUUUGAGUUUUUUUUCUACAGUUUCUGGUAUAAUAGGCUUAUUGAUUCCUGGAAUUUACUUUUCUUCAUACACUACAAAUAAUGACGACCCAUAAUAUACUAAAGGAAAAAAACUAACUUUUGAUUUAUUACUUUUCUAAGCUAUUAUAGUCUCUCUUUUUGCAAUUGUUAAUUUAAUUUUUUAUAAAGAUAAGCCUUUGACUCCUCCUAGUUAUUCAUCUAAAGUUUAACGUGAGGAAUUUGGCGACUCAUUAAAAUUCUUAAUUAAAAAUAAAACCUAUUUACUUAUAACCCUCUGUUUUUCCUUAAUAUAUGGCUCCUUUAUUGACUUUGCAGUCAUUCUUGGUUAAGUAAUAAGUCCAUAUGGAUUCGGAACUACUGAAACGACUAUAUCUAGUAUAAUAUGCGUCGCAUCAGGUAUCUUGGGUUCAGUAGUACUUUUAAGGCUUCUCAAAAAAACAUUUUAAUAUAAAAGACUUGCAAUUCUAUGUAUUAUAUCCAGUACUCUGAGUAUUAUUUUAUUCGCUUUUAUGCUUCAAACUGAAUUAUUUGCUCUAGUAUUGAUUCCUUGCAUAGUUUUAGGAUUCUUUAUAAUUCCAAUAAUUCCUAUAAUGCUCGAAUUGGCAAAUGAAGUAUGCUUCCCUGUAGGAGAAGCUAUUGUUUCGGGAUUUUUAUAUAGUAUUUCUCAUGUGAUUGGGUUUGUAUUAGGGAGCGGUUUUAGUUUAAUUAUUGAAAGCGGAAGUGAUAAAAAAUCAGGAGCUUUUUGGUGCAUAUGUACUUUUGGAUGUGUAUUUACUGUAGGAUUAUUCAGUGUAUUUUUAAUGAAAUAAACUCUUAAUAGAACUAAUGCAGAAAGAAUAUAGGAAUAGGAAAGAAACAAAUUAUCUACAGAAGAUUUUUAUGAAGAAAAUAAUGUUAAUAACUGA